CGCUGGCAUGACAGGCAAAAAAAGGAGACUGGCCCAUAUGACAAUUUCAAAUGUUUCGUCGUCGCGUCCUCAAAAACAAUUUGAAUGAGAAAGCCAGAGGUCCCGCCCCUCUGACCUUUUCCAAUGGGAGGGAGGUAAGGAGAGAGGACGCAACAGGGCACAUGAGAUUCUCCUCGAGUCCUUUAUACACAGAGUUGCGUUGACACAGCACAGAGCAAGCACGUUUUUCCGUGUCAGCAUCGUGUAUUUGUGCUACAGGAGCGACUCAGACAGAAUCAUAGACAUUGAAUAGAAAAAACAACGCAAGGAGAGACACAGACAACAAGCUAAAAGCUGUGAUCCCACAGAAUCGAGCAAUGUCUAGUUUAAAGAAAAGAAAUUCGAAUUCGUCAGUUGACCGGGAUGUGGAAGACAAGGAGGUUACGGAGAAGAUGCUCUCUCCGUCCGGAGGGGAGAAUGGAAACUCGAGCCGAACGGGAGGCGCACCGGGAAGCCCGGACAAGGUAUCUGUACCCGGCGAAGAUAAGGUUGUCCUAGAGAGAACCAUUACCCUGGUGAAUGGCGUAGCUAUCAUUGUGGGUACCAUUAUCGGCUCGGGUAUAUUUGUGACCCCGACUGGAGUGGUAAAGGAAGCCGGGUCCGUCGGACUGUCCCUUAUUGUUUGGGCAGUGUGUGGAGUGUUCUCAACCAUAGGUGCCCUGUGCUAUGCUGAGCUGGGCACCACUAUUUCCAAAUCAGGUGGAGACUAUGCUUACAUCCUUGAAGUGUAUGGUUCCCUGCCGGCUUUCCUGAAAUUGUGGAUCGAGUUGCUCAUCAUCCGGCCAUCAUCGCAGUACAUUGUCGCGUACGUCUUCGCUACCUACCUCCUCAAGCCCAUUUUCCCUGACUGCCCAGUGCCCGAGAAUGGGGCGAAGCUGAUAGCCUGUCUUUGCAUCUUGCUGUUGACUGCUAUAAACUGUUACAGUGUGAAGGCAGCCACGCGGGUCCAGGAUGCCUUCGCUGCUGCCAAGCUCCUUGCCUUGGGCCUCAUCAUUAUUGUGGGCUUUGUGGAGAUUGGGAAAGCAGCCGCACUCUCCUCCCCUCCAUCCACAUGGUUCUUCAAGUGGUCAGACUGUAUUCCUGUCUUCAAUACAGCAGCCCCACUCUCCUCCCCUCCAUCCACAUGGUUCUUCAAGUGGUCAGACUGUAUUCCUGUCUUCAAUACAGCAGCCCCACUCUCCUCCCCUCCAUCCACAUGGUUCUUCAAGUGGUCAGACUGUAUUCCUGUCUUCAAUACAGCAGCCCCACUCUCCUCCCCUCCAUCCACAUGGUUCAUCCAGUGGUCAGACUGUAUUCCUGUCUUCAAUACAGCAGCCCCACUCUCCUCCCCUCCAUCCACAUGGUUCAUCCAGUGGUCAGACUGUAUUCCUGUCUUCAAUACAGCAGCCCCCUCACCUCCCCUCCAUCCACAUGGUUCAUCCAGUGGUCAGACUGUAUUCCUGUCUUCAAUACAGCAGCCCCCCUCACCUCCCCUCCAUCCACAUGGUUCAUCCAGUGGUCAGACUGUAUUCCUGUCUUCAAAACAGCAGCCCCACUCUCCUCCCCUCCAUCCACAUGGUUCUUCCAGUGGUCGCAUACAGACGGACGGUGACACAGUCAACCUCCUACCAGAAAAUUCUUUCAAGAAUUCAAAUUACGAUUUUGGGAACAUUGGCCUGGCCCUGUACAGUGGUCUGUUUGCCUAUGGGGGCUGGAAUUACUUGAACUUUGUCACAGAAGAAAUGAUUGAACCUUAUAAGAACCUGCCGCGUGCAAUCAUCAUCUCCCUUCCCAUCGUCACUGUGGUGUACGUACUAACUAACCUGGCCUACUUCACUACUCUGAGCCCAGAUGAGAUGCUCAGCUCUGAGGCAGUGGCUGUGGACUUUGGAAACUAUCACCUGGGCCCCAUGGCUUGGAUCAUCCCGGUGUUUGUGGGACUGUCCUGUUUCGGCUCCGUCAAUGGCUCUCUCUUUACAUCAUCCAGGUUGUUCUUUGUGGGCUCAAGAGAGGGCCACCUCCCCAGUCUGCUGUCCAUGAUCCACCCCAACCUGCUGACUCCUCUGCCGUCACUCAUCUUCACAUGCCUGAUGACGCUGCUGUACGCCUUCUCCAACGACAUCUUCUCCGUCAUCAACUUCUUCAGUUUCUUCAACUGGCUCUGUAUUGCCAUGGCGAUCAUUGGCAUGAUGUGGCUGCGCUACAAGAAACCUGAGCUGGAACGACCAAUCAAGGUGAAUAUCCUGCUGCCUAUCAGCUUCGUCCUGGCUUGUAUGUUCCUUAUCGUGGUGUCCAUCUGGAAAACACCGGUGGAGUGUGCCAUCGGCUUUGGCAUCAUUGCCACAGGAGUGCCAGUCUACUUUAUUGGCGUUUGGUGGCAAAACAAGCCCAAAUGGCUCCUUCAAUUAAUCUUCUCUUCCACGGCGCUAUGCCAGAAGAUGAUGGAGGUGGUACCACAGGAGUCCUAAAGAGGAGAUAAAUCGAUGAAACCCCUCGUCACGGAAAACCCAGUAACUGCUCAUUUACCCUACCCCCCUGCACCCAGUGUACACCCUAACUCAGCCCCUAUCGGUGUGUUCUUCAAGCACACUCCAAUCAUUCCCCCUGAUCUGCUAGUGCUGUAGUGAAGGAGAGCCAUGCUGCAGACUGGUUUACAUGUCAGAGCCCCUCCUUCAUUCCUCCGCACCAGGCAGGGGCACGACCACCCCCCCACGCCACUCAUAGGCCGUUUGAUAAGUGCUGGGAUAUAUUCAGACAGGUUUUCACUGCAUAGUAUCCGUUUAAAAGGGCCAGUACAGUCAAAAACAUGGUGAUCCUGUGUUUUAUAUUUCCAUACUACGAGGUUGGAAUAAUACUGUGAAAAUGAUCAUAAUGCCCUUUUCGUGAAGAGCUAUUUGAAAAGACUACCUGAAAUGUCUGCUUGUUUUGGUGGGAUGAAGCUUUGGCCUGGCUAGUGACAUCACCAGGCGGUAAUUUCGUUAAUAGACCAAUAAGAAAGAGAGUUCCAAAAAUCUCUGCCAACAGCUAGUUUUCAGUUUUCCCCUCCCCACUCAGAACAUUCCCAGUCAGUCCGAGCAAAAGUCUUGCUUGAGAAAUUGUUCUUUGCUAAGAAUCAUUUUUUUAACCAUUUUCAUUGAAAACAAUCACAGUAAGGUACUUAAUUGUUACCCAGAAAUGAUUUAAUAUUGAGAUAAAAACUGCUGCAUUGGACCUUUUAACAUUUUAAUUGAUUUGUAUUUUUGAAUAUCUUUGUACUCUUAUCCCACCAUGACCCACAAGUGUUAUUUUUAUAAGAAUGAUGUUACUUUUAUUUUUCAUAUUUGAGUUGCAGAGAAAUGUCCUCUCGUUCAAACUAUUAUUUCACUGAGGGUUUAGCAUCCGUGUGUUCAUGUAAUUACAAUCUGUGUGCUUUCAUGGAGUUGUGAUGGACACUUGUGGCCUGGCUUUUUGCCAAUUCCUUGUAGGCUAAAGCUAGAUCUUUUGUUCAGAUUUUCAUGGUAGACUCACUGUUUCUCAGUAGUUCUGCCAUUACCCAGUCAGGGAGUCAACUGCUUCCCAGUAGGGUAUCAUCUCUGUGUUGCCAUGGCUUCGAUUUAAAUUUCAGCACCUUACAGGCUGUAUAAUGCAGCCAUUAUGUGUUGUCAUCUAGGUGUGUAUCUAAAUAUCUGUGUAUAUUUGUGUUUUCUGUAUGCUUUUAUGUUUUCAGCUUUUGGGUGGGUAUUUGUAAAGAAUAGCCAAACAUGAAGGACCCACAAAUAACAUUUGCUUAAACUAGUGCCUCUGAUGAAGCCAAAGGCUAUUCAGUUCCCCGACUACAGACACAGUACAAGUCAUCUGACCCCAGAGAAGCUGAAGACAGAGGUAGACCGGUAAAUGCACGUGUAACAGCGAUUGGAGGAGUGUCAGUAGUAUACUUCUUAUGUGAUAGCACCCCUCCCCUCGGCAUCUAUGGCAGACCAGACUGGUUCACUGCGCCUAGACUGUACACGUUGGAAAUCCAAGCUUUGGCAGUUCUUUUUUCAAAUUCUUUGUAGAUAUGAAUUUCUACUUGAAUUAAUUUCUUUUUAUAGGUAGAUGCAGUGUAGCUUUUUUUAAUGCUGUCAAUUAACAAUUUUGUAAAUCCAGGUAAUUCGGAAAUUCCUAUGAGAUUUCUGGUUCACAAUUAUACCAAUGCAGGGGACAUUUUAAUUAUAGUUAUUAUUACAACUAUUUAUCAUAUACAAGUUGCUUGUGUCCUGUGAAGGUCACAACGUCAUGGUUUUUUAAUACUGGCAUUAACACCAGCGAAUGAACAUAAUAGUUGCCUGCUUGAGGACUUCAUUUGUUCUUAGAUCACGGUUAUCUUGUGGGUAUCAUCUGAUGCACAUUGCUACUUACUACUGUUAAGUUAGUGUUUUUAUAACAGAGCAGGUCGUAACAAAGGCCCCCGAUAGGAGCACUGACGUCACAGCCACUGUUUUUACCUACGACGACAAGGGUGGCUAAUAAUCUUAGAUAUUGGGUUAGAAUGGGCCGUUGUGAGUGUGUGAGGUCUAUGUGUCUAAGAAUAGGUUCAUAGCUGUGAAUAUUCUUUCAGUGUUUUAGUGUUUCUGUUCUUAUGUGUGUCUUGGUAUCCUACAUUAGAAAAGGUAUAUUGUAUGUUUGUCACUACUGUCAGCGCACAACUUCACAGAAGGAUUUCAUUAUUUUAGGGUGAUGAUGAUAUUUGUGCUGUAAAAGGUUUGAUGAGGUAUGGACCAUGGUAGAGGAAGAUGGGUAGUUGCCCAGUCAAAAGGGGGAGGCAGGCAGGGCAUUCAGAGUAGAGGUUAAAACCACAGUCUUUGGAUACAGAUGCCUCAGGGGGUGGGACAGUGGAGACAUAGGACAGGAGGUGGAAAGGGGAUUGGGAAGGUUGACAAGAUUAAUUCAUUGUUAUUCUUAUUAUUUUUGCUGAAAGGACCUGUGUUGUGUACUGUAUUAACUGAACUCAUCCUCCAGAAGCUUGUCCGGACCCGUGUUCCUCCACGCUGUAGCGUUACCGUGGUAAAGCGUAUGAUGUGUUGUGCUAUAGACCACAUGGUUGCUAUGGUAACGUAUAGUUCACGGGUCUGGUCUCCCAUCAGUUUCUUAGAGGAUCUGUCAUUGUAUUUAGAACAGCUGCAUAGCAAGCUAACACUCCAGCCAUCAGAAGUCAUUUAAAUAGUACCGUAGGUUUAUUUAUUUAUUGUAGGAACUGUUAGCGUUCUCAUUUUUUUGGGGGUCCUUAUUUUUUUGCAGGGCAUUUGUGAACGUGCUUUAUGAAUAAAGCUUACAUUUUAUUCCA